AUGAAUGGGUAGGUACUAAAUAUUAUUGUACAAUUAAUGAGAGGGUUUAAAUCUAACUUCGUAUGAAUAAAGAGAUAUCUAGAGCGUAAGAAAAUAAUUAUUUCUAACCCUAUAGAACAUUUUUUUUCAACUAUACCAUUGACUAUACAUAAAAAAUGAAGUGGUAACCCUGAACUCAAAUUACUAUACGCGCCUAAUUUUAAGGUUAUGUAUCUCAUAACCGUAUUUUAAAGAGCUUAUUAUUUUAUUUGGGGCAGGAUUUAAACAUGACUGAAUUUACUUUAAGUUAUCGUGAAGUGAUACCAGAUCAAACAGUUUUCGAAAAUUGGAAAGAAAUAACUCUUACAACAGGAGGUACUCAAAGUACAUUACAAGAUAUAAAAGUAGCAGAAAAAUCUAAUGGUUUUUGUUACGAAGAUUCAACUAAACACCACACAAGAAACCGUUUUAUCUACUGGAGAAUUAAUUAUGAUGUAUUGGAAUUGGUAGAACACAGUUUGGACAUAAACCUAACUUCAAACAGAGUGCGAUACCGGUUUAUAGACACACCUAUAUUAGAUGGAGUUUCUAUACAUGAAACAUAUGAAAAUAUUAUAGUUCUUGUACCAACAGUAUGUAGUGUUCAUCGUCUGAUAUUUCCACAUCCUGAUAGGUUUCAUAGGCAGGAUGAAUUUUUGGGAAUUCAUCCGGAUCUUGCAGCUCCUUCUAUAUUUUUAAAAGCUUCACCAGUUGAUGCUAGAAAUCCUAAUACAUUUUAUGUUUUCAACAACCCAACUACUGCCACUGAUCAGUUACCAAAUCUGGCUAGCUCUUAUUUGCUGCCUGAAACUGAAGAAGCAUUUUUUGUAUUAGCAUAUCCAUCUACGGAAUUGUUAUUAAUAAAGCAAAAUCCUGAUAACGAACAGGUUGUAUGUACUGAAUUAAAAGGAGAAUCUUUGGUACCCAGAUUUUUAUCAGGAAUUGCUGAGAAAUUUAGAUCUAGAAACUCAGAUGGUGAUGCAAUAGUUAGUCUUCUUUUUUAUAUCGUGGAUUAUGAAACUUAUGUGUUAACCCUAACAAGAGAUGCACAUUUGAAGUUUUGGUCAUGUAGUAAAGGGCAAUGUGUUGCUGUUAUAGAUGUGAGAGAAAAAACUGGUGAUAAUACAAAAGAUCGAGUACAAGCAGCUAUAUUAAGAAAAGCAGUUGAUGGUAAUAGUGGUGAAAGUACUUUAGCCGUAUUUUUGAAUUACUCCAGUGGCUGUCAAUUUCAUAUUUUAAAUCCAGUGAUAAGGGGACAGGAAAUAACAAUUGACAGAUUAGUUACACUAUAUUCUCCUGAGAAUGACCUUAUUGAUUUUGCUGUACAAACAAAUCGUAUUUGGUCAGUAUGGCGAUGUGAAGAUGGAGAUAGCAUGGUAUAUACAGCUAGUCUUCCAGUUUCUCAACAAUCUGGUGUUUUUAAAUCUAGCAGCUGGUCUCCGGUUAUACUGGAAACAAUACCAGAUGCCAAUGAAGCUCCAUCUAAUGAUGGAGAGAGUGAUCCUAGGCAGGUUUAUUUGCAAUACAUAUUUCACCCUGGAAGGUUUCCAUUACAUAUUAUAAGCAAAGCACUUUCAAUUUAUAAAAGAUCAACUAUAUUAUCUGAUGCUCACAUAUCAGCUACAGCGUUAAAACAAAGAAUAUGCCUUGCUGUGGAAAAUGAAAUUCACAAUGUGUUGAAUGAUUCAGUUGUUAACGAUGAGGAAUAUUUAGAAUGUGCAGAGUGGUGCUGGCAGAAAUUUUAUUCAUGUUGUGUUCAGUAUCAUAUCGCAAGUUUGAAACCAUUGGGUUUGAUGCUACUGCCAUCUGUAUCAGGUGCAGUGUUUCUAAAAAAAUCAACUUUUUCGUUUCUUAGACCAUUGGAUCCCUUAGAACACAUGACAUUAUGUAAUGAAGAUGUAUAUAGAGAUCAGUUUGUUAAUUUUUCAAUGUUAUCUGAAGAUUUGGAAACCACAGAUGAUGUAAUGAAAUUAUUCCAAGUUAUAGUGUAUUUAGAAGAACAAAUCAAUCUUAACUUUCUACAAGCAUUCGAAAAAGAACUUUUUAAUCUUCAGCUACCAGAUGUUGUGAUGGAAAAUCUAUUGGAGAAAAUCCAAUCCGAAAUGGAUUGUCAAUUUUCUUCUCAUGUUUUGGAAAUGCUUAACGAUAUUGGUGACUUGUACAAAGCUAUGCACAAAAUUUUGGAACUUUUGAGAUAUGAAAAUACAUUGGCUAAUCCCGAUAAUGAUAUCAACCCUAAUGCAAUGUACCAUUUUAGUUCCUUAUUAGGUACUUCAGUGGUCGCCGAAAGUUUAAGACAACAAUCUGAAAAUAGAUUCCAAAUAUGUCGAAAUUUACUUUUGAUAUGUAAUAUACUACUCAAUGAAAAAAGUCUUGAUUGGGGUGUAUUAGAGGCCGUACGUUCAGUUUGUACUCCUGAAAUAGUUGUGCUCACUCAAGCCAGUUAUGUUGUGCUAUGGUUAUGUGGAUUAACCAGUAUAGCUAAUUUACCGAGUCGAGAAUCUUCAAUAAAUAGAUUAACACCUCUCAAAUUACCUCCUGUUUUAAAUUUGAGACCGGUUAGUAUGUGUAGUUCAUUAUUGGAACUUUUCAUUUCAUCUACUGGUGGACAGGAAGCAAGAAAAUCAUUUGCCAGAGUGACGUGUAGUGAUGAAGCACUUGCCCAUUGGCACCUUUCGUUGUUACCUUAUUUGAAUCAUGUUCGACACAUCAUCUGGCCGAUAAGUGGAGGUACAGUUCUAGCGGAAUGGUUAUUAGGAAGUGGUCAGCAUUUAUGGUUACAACAAUAUGUUAGACUUUUGAGCAACUGGUGCGAAUGGAACAGUUGUACAAGGAAUUUUUUAUUAGCUGCUGCAUUUUUAACAACAGGCGAAUACUACAAAGCUGAAGAUUUAUUUGAAACAGCAGCCAAGGGUAUUUUUACUGACACUUUUUUACAAGAAAGGAUUUUAAAAGGAAAUGAAGACAAUCCCACUAAAGCGUAUAUCGGUUAUUAUUUAAAAGUUAUUCAACUGUUUGAAUUGCAUAAAGCAAGAGAUUGUGUUAUUAGUGUGGCGAACACAGCACAUGCAGCACUAAGUUCUGUAGAAACAGAUGAUCCAUUAUGGGCAACGUUGUAUUCAAUAAAAUUCAAACAUCAUCUGGCUUUAAAACAUUAUGAAUUAGCAUUCGACUCACUCAACUCAAAUCCAGAUCCGGAUCGUAAGAAGGAUAAUCUAAGGGAUUUAGUUAAAACGUUAUUGGAUGAAAAGAAAUUAGACGUUUUGUUGAAUUUCACAUAUGGUAGCAUGGACGAAUUUUUUACUAACAUAUUAUUAACAAGAGCUAGAGCUACUGACGCAGUUAAUAAUAUAUUUUAUGAUUUUUUGUAUUCGUAUCAGAUAAAAAGAGGACCUCUUUCUCACAGAUUAGCUGCAUCAGUAAUGUACGAACAGGCUUUUAGAUUAAAUCAUGUAAACAGUGUUGAUGCAUUGGAGAAACAAGUAAAAUGUUAUUUGGCAGCCAAAAAUGUUUUGCAUCUAUGUAAGAUCGAACAUGCUUGGGUGGUUAGACCAGCCGAUCCAGACGAAGAAGACGAAGUUGUUUACAUACAACCAUUGGCUGGUUCAAACAAGGAAAUGAAAGUUUUCAAAUUAAGAAAACAAGUGGAAGUAGUUGAUAUUGAAACAGUAGAGAAAGAAUUAAUUUUUGCAAGCGCUAAACUGAAAUUGGCAAGAUUCACUUCAACUUCAUCUCCAGUUAAUAUUACCAGCCCAAUAGAAUUAGUAUCUUCAUUGAAUGCUGCUGGAUUGUUCAAAACUUCAUUGGACAUUUGUACAACUUUUGAGUUACCUUACACAAGUGUAUUUGAAGUAUUAACGAAACAUUGUGUCAUACUCUCAGAAGAAGAAAACCCUAGUGCCUGGAAUUGGUUAGUGGAAAAUGAUUUACAAGAUCUUCCAGUGAAUAGAGAUAGUGCUGCUGCUGUAGUUUGGCAAUUUCUUCGAGAUUGCUUGGAAAAGUACGAAGAACCCAAUAUGACUACACUACAUUAUAUUAUUGCUAAAAAGAUUGUUAACAUGAGAAUUUUCUUUCCACAUUGGCUUGUGGCUUCCUAUAAAGUGAGGAACCCCGCAGAACUGCUAAGAUUAUUACAUUCGUCUGGAAGACUGGAAGAGGCUAUUGAAUUCGUUAAUGAAUAUAUACUAGCCGCUUUGGGAUACGGUAAAGAAUUGUUCGGAUUCGCACAAUCACUAGGACCUACGUCACCGGCGUUUUGUUUGCCAGUUUAUGCUAUCCAACGAUUAAUUGACGAACUUGAUAUUCAAAAUUCAAACAAUAUAGAACAACCAUAUUUACAGGCAUAUAACAAUUUGAAAUCGUUGUUCACCAAGUACUUAGAAACCGCAACCCGAGUAUCAAACCAGAUGUGCCAGACUAAGUUAACUUCAGGAUCCCUCAAAACAAAUCUUCCUUCAGAUAUUAGAUAAUAUUUACCUUAUAAUUACACUUUUUAUAAUCAAUAAAUAUUUUUUAAGUAAAA